GCAAGUUUAAGACCUCACUGUCGGAAAAACGAAACAGACAAGGACUUUUUUGUAUCCCUGCCCCUUCUUACGGAUCACAAAUAAGAGGACCCUAAGAACCAAACCAACCAAACCAAAGCCAAUCCAAACCAGAGAAGAGAAAGAGAAAGCACAAACACCUUAUCAUGGUGGCUGGUAAGGUGAGAUUGGCAAUGGGUUUGCAAAAAUCACCUGCAAACAUAAAGCACGAAACUCCACCUAAACCGCCAUUGCCUUCUCCAAGCUCAGCUAACAAAAACAACAAUUCCCCAAAACCUCUUUUUUCACGUUCCUUUGGUGUUUACUUCCCACGAUCCUCAGCUCAAGUCCAGCCUCGUCCACCUGAUGUCGCCGAACUCCUCCGACUGGUUGAAGAGCUAAGAGAGCGAGAGUGCAGGCUCAAAACAGAGCUUCUAGAGCACAAGCUUUUAAAAGAAUCGGUUGCGAUUGUUCCAGUGCUGGAAAACGAGAUCGUAGUUAAAAAUGCAGAGCUGGAACGAGCUUUGAAAGAGGUUGAGAGUUUGAGAAACGAAAACGAGACGUUAAAAACAGAGGUAGAGGAAAUGAAAGGAAAGAUUGAAGAAGAAAAGGAAGGGAGCGAGAAGAAAGUGAGAGAAUUGGAGGAAGAGAUAGCGGAGCUGAAGAAAACGAUGUCGUCUUAUUCUGAUCGUAACAGUAAAGCGGAGAUUACAGCGGAAAGCGACGAAUUGCUUUCUUCUUCGCAGAGGUUUCAAGGGUUAGUGGAAGUCAGUGUGAAGUCAAAUCUGAUUAAGAAUAUGAAGAGAAAUAAUAGUAAAUGUACGGACGCCGUUGUUUUUAGUGAGAAAGUUGAGAGCUUGGAGUUUAAAAGAGAGGAACUUGAAACAGAGAGACCAAGACACUCGAGGUGUAACUCGGAGGAACUCGUUGAGUCGACUCUUGUUAACAUCAGAUCCCGUGUUCCUAGGGUCCCAAAACCACCACCGAGACCUUCGUCAUCAUGGUCAGCAACAUCAUUAACGUCAUCCAAUAGCUCCUCUGAUUCCACAGAGAAGCACAUUCCUCCACCACCACCUCCGCCGCCGCCGCCGCCUUCGGCACCAGUGAAAGCUGUCAAGCUAGUUGCACCUUAUCCUCCGCCACCACCUCGUGUACUAAAGGUUAUUGCGCCGCCACCUCCGCCACCUCCGCCACCUCCUCCGAAGGGUAUAAUUGCGGUAGCUGCGAAAGUGAGGAGAGUUCCGGAGGUUGCGGAGUUUUAUCACUCGCUUAUGCGAAGGGACUCAAAAAGGGAGACCGGGAGCUGUAGCGUGCCGGAGGCUUUACCUGCAACCGCCAAUCCGAGGGACAUGAUUGGGGAGAUUGAGAAUCGGUCAGCUCACUUGCUUGCGAUUAAGACAGAUGUAGAAACACAAGGAGACUUCAUAAGGUUUUUGAUCAAAGAAGUUGAGAAUGCUGCAUUUACAGAUAUUGAAGAUGUUGUGCCUUUUGUUAAAUGGCUAGACGAUGAGCUCUCUUACUUGGUGGAUGAACGAGCUGUGCUAAAACAUUUCAGUUGGCCAGAGCAGAAGGCUGAUGCAUUACGCGAGGUAGCAUUUGGGUUCUGUGAUCUCAAGAAACUAGAAUCCGAGGCUUCAUUGUUUCGUGAUGAUGCCCGGCAACCUUGCAGUCCAGCCCUCAAGAAGAUGCAGGCCCUGCUUGAAAAGCUAGAGCAUGGUGUUUACAACCUCUCCCGAAUGAGAGAAUCUGCUGCAAAGAGAUACAAAGGAUUCCAAAUUCCUAUGGAUUGGAUGCUUGAAACUGGAAUUGUGAGCCAGAUCAAGCUAGUGUCAGUAAAAUUAGCAAUGAAGUACAUGAGAAGAGUAUCUGCAGAGCUUGAAGCUGUUGGUGGUGGACCUGAAGAAGAGGAGCUGAUUGUUCAAGGCGUUAGAUUUGCAUUCCGAGUACAUCAGUUUGCCGGGGGAUUUGAUGUUGAAACAAUGAGGGCUUUCCAAGAGCUGAGAGACAAAGCCAGAUCGUGCCAUGUACAAUGCCAAAACCAACAACAAAAAUUUAUUUGCAGGUCUACAACUUGUUAAUCUCUGUAGCAAACUCAGCUUCAGAAUCCCCUACCAGUUUUUUUGUUGUAAAGACAGAACAUCAAUGUAUGUGAAUACAAUGCCAGCUGCUAUUUGUCCACACAUUCAAUUUAUUCCGGUGCAUAACUGAUCUGAAAUGGGACUUUUACCAUUAAAACUCUCUUCUGCCCCUCAUCUCACUCUUUAGCUAACUAUAACGCUGCCAGCUAUUGCCCUGAAACCAAAAUAUGACAGUCAUGUCCGGUAAAUUUACAAUCUUUUUGGACCCCAACUAUUAGUUGUGUUUCUACUAAACGAGAUAGAUUACUAAGCAUAU